UAAAGACGAUUCGGUGGAUGAGAAACCAUAACAGGUUCAUCUUAGCCAGCGACAUGAAGACUCUGCAAGGUAUUGGAGCUGCGGUGGUCCUACUGCUGAUAGGAUCUGUUGUAGAAAUCAAAUGCACAGAGCUAGAAUAUCUUACCGAUAUCUACGAUGCUGGAGUCAACGAAGGAGUGAUUGAUCCUAAAAAAUAUAGUUUCGAAGCCUUUGAGAGAGACGAGCGAGGGAUGUUUAGAUACAUUUAUGACGAAUAUAAAUCAAUGAAUGGGACUGUACCGCUUGAUUAUAAAGAAUGGCUGUUCCUAAACAACUUCGGUCUCUUCCACGACACUAAGGAGUCCAUGUUCGCGAGGAAGAUGACCAAACGUAGCGUGCACGACAACAAGAGAGAGUUCGUGAACACUGUGAAGAAAGGAGAUAUCCUUAUUACUGGUCAAGGUAUCGGAGGCCUUGUGGGUCACGCUGCAAUUAUGACGUCAGAUUACUGGGUGCUGGAGAUGCCCGGAGGCAGCGGGUGGGCGAACGGCAUUCCAGACAACAACCGCCAAGUUCCCAAAGAUAGAUGGUUUGACAUGCACGCUUCGGACUGGACUACUGUGUACCGCUGCCCUGACGCUGACACAGCGAGGAUGGCGGCAGGCUGGGCGGACCGUAACUACUACAGCCCCACAGGAGGAGAGAAGAAGUUGAAGCAUAUCACGUACAAACUCACAACCGACAUCUGGUCUACUAACCCCAGUUACUGCUCCAAGCUCGUUAUCCAUGCGUACUAUUUCGGUACAGGAGCAAGGAAGGUCAUCAAAGACCUGUCUUUAAUUGGAAGGUUGAUUGUUCCUUCCACUAUUCCUUCGUAUUUCCUAAGACCGUAUAGUUUGGUUAACAAGGGCAAAUAUUAAUUUCAUUCCGUUAAUUUCAAUAUUGUCUUGCAUUUAUUUUUUAAACUAAGUAAUAAUGUGUUCAUAUUUGCCAAUAGUAUUAUAAAUAUAGUAGGAAAAUGUAUUAAAUUAUCAAUACGUCAAUAAAGAUAUAUUGCAAUGUUAU